AUGGUUAGGAUGAAGCACUCUGAUAUAUUAAACCAGACCAGCUCUCGAAAUGAGAAUGGGACUACUCACACUAUGCCUGGUCCUAGUCCUGCUCCUGCUCCUGCUCCAGUUGUUGAUGAUAAGAGUCAAGUGCAGAAGAUUGAAAGCAAAACACCUAUUCCAUUAGUUGAGAAGAAGCCAUGUAUUGAGGAAGUCAAGGCUUCAAGAAAGCAGAGUUCUAAAACUGAGGUAGAUUUCGAGAAAGUCUUUGGGAGAAGUGAAAGCAGUACGCUUGAUAACUCCACGAGCAAGGCUGAGUCUAAUGCUGAACAUAGGGAUGUGAAACCGCCUUCAAGCUUACAGCGUACUUUCAAUGGUGAGAUUGGAGUUUCUGAAAGAUCAAUGGGUUUGAAUUCAGGGAGUUUGGAAAGGUUUGAAAGUGAAGAUGGUGAUUCUCCAAGUUCGCCUACAUUCUUUGAUGCUGAAACAGAUCCAGAUUCGUUUGCUGCUGAGUCUUCUGCAGCGUUGAAAAAGGCUUUAGACGAGGCUCAAGUAAGAAUGAACAUUGCAAAACAAAUGAUGGGAAGGAAGAAGUCAGGCUUCCUCGUUUCUCCAAAACUGAAAUCUUCUGAUGAGUCUCCAAAGCUGAAAUCUUGUGAUGAGCCUAAAGUUGAAGGAAAAACAGAAGAAAGCAGAGAAGACAAUCCUCAAGUUCUCGGUGAAACGGUGCAGUCUUCUGAACAAGCAUUUUCUAAUGAGGGAGAUCAGCAUGCAAAAAGAGCACGGAAGCAGUGGGAAGUUCCUGAAGGGCAAUUAAAAUCAACCGCAGACCAAAAGCGGGAAGAGGUGGAAGAGCAAGAAGUGGUAAAGCGAGAAGAGGAACAAGCCAGAAGAGCUCGAAAACACUGGGAAUUACCAGGAGGGAUAUUCAAAUCAGUUAUGAAUAGUAAGCCACCGGAGCCAGAAAACCUUGCACCACCCAAACCUGAAACCGACACGAAGCAAGAGGUGCAAGCAUUGCCUGAGAAUCCCUUUUAUACCUUUGGACAGCUUGGCAGUAAACUAAAAUGUGUUGUAGAGGCCUUCACGGGGAGCAAAGUUUCACAAAAGGAUGAGACACAUGAAACAGAGAUGGAUAAGUCUUUCCUCCCUCAAAUGGUUCAAGGUGAAGAAAUUGACUCACAUGAGAUGUUAGCUGGUAUUCCAGUCAUGGAAACAUAUUUAAGAGAAGUAGAAGAGACCCCUCAACAAACUGAGAGCGAAACUAAAAUAGAAGAGAAGUCUGAAUCUAAAAUGUGUACUUUCGUAGAAGGGUGUUCUCAGAAGAUGGUGGAAGAAACAGGAGAGCAAGUUAAAAGUGCUUGCGAGUCCGAAGAUGGACCUAAGUGUGGUGUAAAAGAUUUCCAAGAAAACUCUGACCCAACUUAUAGUUUUCUAGAUCAGGAAGGUGAGAAGGAGAUAGUCUCUGAGCCGCAGGAGAUGUUUGUUGCUCCUGAUGAUACCAAAACUUAUGUAAGGGAAGUGGAAGAGAUCCCAACACCUAAUCAGAUUUUGUGUAAAACUCAAGUCGAUGAAAGUGUUGGAACUAUGGUCUCUUUCACAGAAAAUACUCCUGAGCCGGGAAACACACACGAGGAGGCAGAGCAAAAGGCUCCCAGGCGAAGAAGAGUUUGGAAGACCUCUGAAGACGUCUAUAAUAUGAUCAAGUUCCCAAAGGGAAACAACAGUCCCUGGCAGCCAGAAAGUGUGGAAACAGAAACCACACAGAGGUCGUUUCAUAUGGAAGGUGUAAGGAUCCAUGAUGCUAGCGAGGAAACAGAAAGCACUUUUGAGCAAGCUAGUGAUUCAGGAUUGCAAGAAAAUUGGGCUGUUCUUAAACAGAUGUUUAGACAGAUGUUUCAGCCAGCAGAUACUAUUAAGGGCGAGGAUGAAAGUUAUUGCUUAGUGGAAUCUGAAAAGGAGCAUAUUGAUAUCCAUCAAAUAGCUGGAGAUGAGAGUGGAAAUGAAACUGCAGAGACUUCUUACCGCCACAUGACUGGUACAGAUAAAUAUGAAAAUUAUGAAGUGGAGACAGAGUAUGAAGCGUAUGCACAUACAAGAGAAAAUGAAGACGUGGAGUCAUCACAAGAAACAUACUGUAGAGACGUGGAUGGUAAAGUAGAAUUGAAUGGAAAAACGUCUUUGGUCCGUGAACUGAUUGGAGAAGAGAUAGAGGCCACUGAAAUGGCUAGCGACCAGGAAGGCGAAGAUAUGCAGGAAGUAUUUGCAGAAGCUGGCUGGGCUCAAGGACUUCCUGAGUUUGAUGAGAUCAAGGAGCAUGCGGAUUCUAGAGCUGAAAUGCUUGGAUAUGAUCGUAGUGAAACGGACUCAAAUAUAUCUGGCGAGAAAUUUGAGCAAACGCAGGAACUGGCAGAGGAAACCAAGAUUGACGGUAGUAUAGAUACUGGCACCAGCAGGUCAUCUUUUGAAAUGAGACAAGGUGAUUCAUAUAUUGAGGAGGAGGCUGGCAUCGAGCAAGAUCUCAGUGAUCAAUUCCAUGAAAAAGACAGUGUCGCCAGCAGCACGGAAGAGCACGUUGAAGAAGUAGAUUCUGAUUCAAUCCAAAGUGGCUGGAGUGUUGUAGAUGAUGACGAGAAAAUCAAGUCUUAUGCUAAUCAUCUGCAGGAUGUAGAAAUGGAGGAAACCAAAGAAGAAACUGAUAAAACGGAAACAAGUCUUGGUGAAGAGAACAAUGAAGAGAAGACAGAACAAGACCACAAGUUUGAGUGUCAAAAGGAGGAAAUAGAUAGAAGCGAUGUUGAGCCAGCUGAGUCUUCCUGUUGUUUUCCCAAAGGAGACGAAAAGAUUGGUGGUGCAUCAACAGAUAGGAACAUGAAAGACAAUGAAGGAGAGGAGAGUUGUCGAUCAUCUAUGGGAGACGAGGGAGAUGCUACUUCUGAUGCAUCACAAAACGAAGCAGAGCGAGUUGAGAAACAUCUGAAAAAGAGAGAUGAAGCAAAAGAGAAAGAAAGAGAGAGAUUUAUGGUAGAGAGAGCUAUUCGGGAAGCCAGAGAAAGGGCGUUUGCUGAUGCUAAGGAAAGAGCAGGAAAAGCCGCAAUGGAGAAAGCAAAGGCAGGAGUAGUGCCCCGAAGAGGGACUUCUGAGGUUCCAAGGAGAUCAGAGAAAGGAUCUGUUGAAGUUAAUGAUAAGUUAUCAUCAGCUGAGAAGGCUUCAAUGCAAGCCAAACUCAGAACCGAGCGUGCUGCUGUAGAGAGAGCACUCUCUGAGGCCAGAGAACGUGCCAUGGAAAAAGCAUUGUCUAGUAAGUCUACUGCUCCUCAGACAAGAUGUUAUGGCGGCAGCAAAUCAUUUAGCUCUUCUGGUGAAAGACGAGGCUCCUCAUCUUCUGUGAGUUUACGUCCCCUCUAUACUUAUAAAUAUCCUCCAUUGAACAACUUAUCUGCGAUAGCUUCUUAUUGA